UGAGAUGCCAAAUGGGAAAAUUAGAAGAUUUGCAUCGAGGCAAGUAAUGACAUUUUUUCGAGUAUAAAUCUUCAGUAUUUUCUUAUUCUUCUCUCUGAAUCGAUCUUUGUCCUGGACAUUUCGACUCUCUCCAUUCUCGCCACCAUCUUCGUCUUCAUCAGACCAGAGCUAUGAGCAUGGAGGAGGCCAGUAAAGAGCAAUCUGCUUCCUCUGGUGCCGCUGGGAAAUCGAAGCUGCGGUAUCCACUGCGAUCGGCGACAAAACCAAGGGAGGAGAGAUUGUCCCCCGUGGACUCGUCCAACUCUUCCGCUUCUAAGAGGGGGAGAACUGCAUCAAGUGUAAGUAAAAGUGUGGGUGUUCUUGAUCUUUCAAGCAAGGACAAACCAGCGAAGCCACCCAGAAGGCUCUCCAUUCCCACCAAGUCAUCUGCCAGCCCAGCUCCAAAAUCAGUAGGUACCAUCACCCCAAUUUCUGAGGUAAGAAAGAGGCCUGUCAAUUAUACUCUGGGGAAAAGUGAUACACCACGGUCAGAUGUUUCUAAAUCAUUGAGCCGACAAAGGUUCAACAUAUUAUCCUCUCCAUCUUAUUGGCUGAAACAUAUCAAGUGCGCUGAAACAGCUGCUAAGCACUCAGUUUCACUUGGAUUCUUCAAACUUGCUCUGGAGGCUGGGUGUGAGCCUCAGCUGCUGCGGGAUGAGCUAAAAUCUUAUGCACAUCGACACAACUUAGUUGAGCUUGGGGAAACUGUGAAAGAUUUAUUUGAAUGUUAUAACAUUUCAGAAAACUUGGAGCAGUUGCAGGUUUCUGAAACCAUAUCACAAGUGCUGGACGAAGCAGCUCGAUCUUCUGAUGAUGAUGCCCGUAGUUCUUCCACAUUGGGAGCUAGGGGACUAAAGCCAAAGUCAUUGAAUACUGAUGAUGUCCUAGCUUCUUCAGUUACAGAGUCAGUCAAGAAGGAGAAUACUCAGAAGCAUACUCCUGCAUCAAGGACCAGAGGUUCUUUGAAUAAGAAGUCUCUGAACUCAAAAGUUGCUUCUGAUUCUAAAGGUAGCAACAUGCAAAAGAAGCUUCCGAGGCAAAGUAUGCAAGAAUCUAAUAAAGGAAAGGGCAAGAUCAAGAAGCAAGAAAAGGAAUGUGUUGAAGAAGGUGAUGUGAACACUUUGCCAACAAAUGAACUACAGCAAAACAAAGAGAACAUGGAUGCUCCAUUAAUGGAAGAGAUUAGUUUGGCUGAAGUCAUAUAGGCAGAUAUCCUGCCUUGAAGAGUUCUGGACUUUAUAAAUUCUCCUGCUCUUGUUGGCUUUGUCUUAAAGAUUUUUUUUUCGUUUUUCCCAGUGAGGGCUUUUCCUUUGUAUGUAUAAUGAGGUUAAGUUUGAAAGAAAAUGUUUGGCCAGGUGUGAAAUUACUUUAAAUUUGUGCCUUGUUGGUGGUUAGAAUUAAAAUAUUUGUAUCUAAAUACUACAUAAUUAUUUUGGUGAUUUUAAAUUGUCUUGAAUUUUUAUUACUUCAA